CUUAUUCGAGGGGGGUCGCUAAUUCGAGGAUUUACGGACCAUGCUCCACAAGUAUCGUAAGCCUACGGGCACUUUGGUGGAUCCAUGUUUUUGCCUUUAUGUUAUUUUAGUACUUUUCUUUUAUGUAAAUAUCUUAUGGGUGGCUUUAAUACAACAAUUUUUUCACUUUGGCCCGUAGGAUAUGAGAUGAUUACAACCAACUCUGCGCUAAGCACUUCGUUGGCUCUCUAUCACCUGAUAUCCAACGCGCGCACGUAGAGUAAUUAUUAAAUGUAACCAAUCGUUUAUUUGUUUGCUUUGGUGUUUUCGUACAGCUCAACCUGAAAACCAGAAAGAGUCCAUGACAGGCACGUUCAGAGUUCAGGGUACUGCAACGUUAAAAAAUGGAAAAAUCGAGCUGGAUAUUAGUUUAGAAAAUGAAAUUGCCCCCGAGACUGGCUUAAUGCCGCCAACAGCUUCUACAACCCCCGCAGCAUCAACACAACCAACAUCAGGGACAAGUGGAACAACUAUGAAAAUAACUUCAUCAACACCUACCAGUGCAGCUGGUUCGACUUCUCCAGCUGGGGGAUCCACAAGGGCAGCUGGUACGACUACUCCAGCUGGAGGAUCUACCAGUGCAGCUGGUACGACUACUCCAGCUGGGGGCUCAAACAGUGCAGGUCGCACGGCUACUCCAGCUGGGGGAUCUACCAGUGCAGCUGGUACGACUCCUCCACCUGGGGGAUCCACAAGUGCAGCUGGCACGACUCCCCCAGCUGAGGGAUCUACCACAGCAGGUGGCGUGACCACCCCAACUGGGGGAUCUACCAAUGCAGCUGGUACGACUCCCCCACCGGGGGGAUCCACAAGUACAGCUGGCACGACUACCCCAACUGGGGGAUCCACCAGAGCAGGUGGCAUGACCACCCCAACUGGGGGAUCUACUUCUGCACCAGGCUCUAUUACACCGAGCCAGCCAACUACAGCAUCGUCAGGACCUACUCCUUCCACAACAGCCCCCACAGCAGGCACAUCUGGUACCACAGCUGGAACAUCAGCAGCAACCACUGCCGCAGGGACCACUGGUGCGAGUGUUAAAGCUUCUACCACGGGACCAGCGACAUCAGUGCCUUCAUCAGCUGCUCCAGGUUCAUCAACUCCGCGUGGUAUGACAACUGUUGCUCCUUCAACCAUGCCACCAACAGCGGCUACUUCAAAGCCAGCUGUUCCAGUCAAAAUAUGUCUAACUCCUGGACAAGUAUAUGUGAUAAUAGUUGCCAAAGGGGUCAUGGCAGCUCACAAUUCAGUCCGUCGUACCCAUGGCUCCCCUGCUCUGCAGCUUGAUGAGCAGAUGACCUGUGACGCUCAACAUUUUGCCCAACAAAUGGCCUCUAGAGAAGUUUUGGAACACCAAUCAAGUUCAAUCCUGUCAAGAAAGAGAGUGGGGGAAAACAUUGGAAUGUCGUGUACGCCUGCGCGAAACGGGCCCUUGAGCUUUCAGAAAAUAAAGAGAAUGGUAGGAAAUGUUGCUAAGCGCUGGUAUGAUGAGGUCUGUGAUUAUAACUUUGACAAGCCAAGUUUUGCGCCACACGUCGGUCAUUUCACUGAGGUUGUUUGGUCCCGCAGCAGAAAGCUUGGGGUUGGUUACGCCGUUGGAAAGAACGCCAAAUUUCCCGGAUAUGUAUGUGUCUACGUUGUUGGACGAUACCGUCCCGCUGGUAACAACAUGGAAUCGCAAAGACUGGAAAAGAAUGUCAAAAGAGGGAAUUUCAACGACGCUUACUGCACUAGAAGGUCUAAAGCACCAGCCUUCACCCUGAUCCCUGUGGACAAGAGAAACCAACUGCGAGCUAGCUACAGAGCAAGAGCUUAGGAUGACGCGUGACAGUUACGUAUAAAUCUUUAACAUAAUCAAUAUCAGAUUCAAAAUCUUUAUUGUCUAUAUCAAUGCGGAUGAACGACGAAACCUUCAUUACAAAACUGGUCUCAGGAAAUGGAUAAAUACCUGUAAUUCGCCUCGUGUUAAUUAAUAAAUAUUAUCACAGCGAAAAAACACAUACAUAUAUAUCUUGCAUUUUAUUUAAAACAGCGAUUUGUACAUUACAAAUUAAAGUACGUCUGAAAAAC